CGCGGCUCGAUCCUGCCCCCUGCAGGACACACGUGGGAACGGCAGAUAUAAUCACGUAACUAAUGACAACAGAAUUCAAACACACGUCACAACUCUGCCUCCGGAUCAGGGAUGAAUUACGGAGUAAAUAAGUAAAUAAAUCAGUAAGGAAAUCAGGACGUAUGACUUCGACAAUCUCCAACGUGAGAAGGGGAAGGCGAGCUCCUUUACCCCAUAUUCACAGUAUUAGAGAUGAAAGAGAAGACUCGAGGAGGAGCGACGACGCAGCGUAUGAAGCGUCUCUGAUUGGAGACCUCUUCCCCAUGAGACAGACGGUGUCAGAGGUCACAGACGGCCCCAAUACUCCCCGGUCAAAGGUCAUGCAUAGGAGAAGUUCAAAAGGAGUGUCUCCACCCACUGAUUUUGAGCUGAUGUCCAGCAUGAUGCAGAAACUUAAUCAGUUAGAGAAGAAAGUGGCACUACAGGCUUUGGACAUCAACAAGAAGCAGAAACAAACGUCUCGGAAAUUCUUCUGCAGUUUAUUUAUUUGUUUAUUUGUUAACAGAGUAAAAAUCGCAGUUCUGGAGGAGAAACUGAAUCUACUGCACGAGCGUACAGAGAGAGAAAGAGAGAAGCAGGAAGUGGACAGGAAGUGCUGCAGGCUGCAGAAGCAGGUUUUUGAGAUGGAGAAGUUUUUGAAUGAUUACGGGAUGAUCUGGGUGGGAGACAAUCAGAACGAGGCCGAUGACGAGGAUGAGGAUGAAGCCAAAAUCCAACCAACAUUAAAUCAACCAGAAGCAUUCUCCCUGAACUAUGACCUGGUGCUGCAGAACAUUCGGAAUCUGAACCUUCUGGCAGCAGAAGGAGGAACUCGCAUCACCUUAGUUCCUGGAGGAGCCAAGCUCAUGCAGAGGCCUGCUGUAGAUCUGCAGCUUUACACCAAUGGCAUGGUGAUGUCCAACGAGCCCUUCAGAUCCUACACAGAACCUCAAACACAGAAAUUCCUUCAGGACCUGAUGGAUGGAUUUUUUCCCUCUGAGCUGCAGGACAGGUUUCCUCAUGGUGUCAUCUUUCAGGUAGUUGACCGGCGGAUGGAAAUGUUCAGGGUGGAUUUUCCAGGAAAAGGUCACAUAAUUGGAGGGUCUAAAGAGGAAGUGAUGCGUUACAGAUCAGAAGUGAAGAAAACAGGAUUGAGUUUCAACCCCAACUGUUACCCAGACAGUAAUUUGACAAUACAGCAGUUCCUGAAUAAACUCCCGGAGUGUGUGAUGAAGAGAGGAAACGUGAUCAAUAUUCGCUCAUCACUCAAACACCAUUUGCAGGGUGGUGAUGGUGCUGAGAAUUUUGUAUUGGAUGUAAUUGAAACUCCUGCGCUACAGACAUCACGAUCAACAUCUGAUGUAGUGCCCAAGAUCUCCAACCUGAGAGUGAAAUCUGAGGAUGGAGAGAAAUCCUUUAUUCUAAAAAUUUUCUCUGAGACAAUCGGACAUUUACGCAGUUACCUGGAUGCUCACAGAGGCUGUGGGAAACCACCCUAUGACAUCAUCAGUGCAUUUCCACACCAGUGUUGCCAUAGCGAUGAUACCCAGUCCCUCCUCCAGUGCGGUCUGACUCCCAGCGCCGCCCUGCUGUUGAGGCCUCGUGCAAAAGUGACAUCAUAGAAAUGCUGCACGCUGCUUUGGGAAAACUUCCAUUGCAGAAAUAAAAUUAUACUGGGAAAGGUUUUGAAAUAGAAUCGAAAGUUGUCUUUUUUUUAUUUAAUGUCUGGAUAAAAUUAGGAUUUUUUUGUGUUUAUCAAUUUUAUUUAAAUCCUUGGUCACUAGUUUGCAAUAUUUCCUUUUAAAGUGCUGCUGAAUUCUGAUUGGUCCGAACUGGAAGAGUCGAUUAAUUCUUUAGAACAGCAGCACAGGUGUUAAUGAUCUGAUACCAUAUCGUUUCCAUAGCAACAGCUCUUCCAAAACGCUGCUAUAACAUAAGUGACAGCAGGAACUAACAUGUAGCAAUAAAAGGAUAAAAAUGUGUCCUGUAUUAAUACACUGAUAUGAUGGAAGAAUAAAAAUUUCAGGAUUGUAACAGUAA